UUUCUGUGACAUUUUGAUAGUUCAUUCAUUCUGCAUGGAGAGCAGUGACCGGUAGGUGUCCAUCUGUUGAACAUUUAUUCGAGGUGUGGCUUGAUGGUCAAUCGACUUGAUCCUGAAAGUUAUGGAUUAUCCUCAUAUGGGUUGAUAGUGAUUGACACCAGACUGGAGGUCCAAGAACAAGGACAGAGGACACGGAUUAUUCACUGUUUCAUUGAUGACAUUUUGUGAACACGUUGUCCAAAGCAAAGAGCCAUGGUUCAAGCCAAGACCUGGGUCCUGACACGUCACUUUGAAGGCUUCCCGAAGGACAGCAACUUUGAGCUGAAGCUGGAGCAGCUGCCAGAGCCUAAAGAUGGAGAGGUGCUUUUGGAGGCACUGUUUCUCAGUGUAGAUCCAUACAUGAGACCGUUCAGCCGAGUGCGUAUGAAGGAGGGGGAAGUGAUGAUCGGAACUCAAGUGGCCAAGGUGAUCCAGAGCAUCAACCCAGCCUUCCCUGUGGGGUGCCAUGUGGUUGGUAGAUGCGGCUGGAGGACCCACACUGUGUCUGACGGGACAGGUCUGACAUGCCUUCUGUCUGACUGGCCUCAGGAUGUCUCCAUGUCCCUGGCUCUGGGGGCCAUCGGCAUGCCAGGGUUGACAGCCCUGUACGGUCUGGAGGAGGUACUGGGACUUCAGGCUGGAGAAACCCUACUGGUGAACGCUGCAGCUGGGGCCGUGGGCUCCAUCGUGGGCCAGAUCGCUAAGAUCAAGGGCUGCAGAGUUGUGGGCUCCUCUGGGUCCAACGGCAAGGUGGCCUUCCUCAAGGAGCUAGGCUUCGAUGAGGCCUUCAACUACAAAACAGUCAACUCAUUGGAGGAGGUCCUGAUGACUGCCGCGCCCGACGGAUACGAUUGCUUCUUUGAGAACGUGGGAGGACUUUUCUCCAGUGUCGCCAUUCCUCAGAUGAAGGAGUUUGGAAGGAUAGCUGUGUGUGGCAGCAUCUCAACCUAUAAUGACACCAAUCCACAGACAGGCCCAUACCCCCACCUGACCAUGAUCUUCAAGCAGCUAAAGAUGGAGGGCUUCAUGGUGGGCAGGUGGGAGCAUAAGAACCCAGAGUCUCUGAGGAGACUCAUGGCUUGGAAGAGAGAGGGGAAACUGCAGUGUCGUGAGCAAGUCACUGAAGGCUUUGAGAACAUGCCUGCUGCCUUUAUGGGAAUGCUGCAGGGAGAAAACAUUGGAAAAGCUAUUGUUAAAGUUUGAUGUGGCUUCAAUAGAUACUCUAUAACCCAUAGAAUUAGGAUUCAAGGAGCAUUCUAUUCUACCCAUAGGAAAGCCACAGUGUAACUAUGACAAUGCAUUUUGGAAUUAUUUGUAUUGUAGAGUGUAUUCGUAGAACAACCCUAUUAUACCAGCACAUCAUAGUCCGUCCUUGACUCAAAAAUGUUUACUUUGUAUGAAGUAUUAAAGUCCUUUCAGGCUUUUGUUUUGUAAAAA